GUACUACGUGAGCUCUGUGUUUUGUACACUAAUAUAUUAAUUAUACCAUCGUGUUAUUUACACACCAGCCCUGAGUAACAUCCAUGUAAACUCUGCCAAAUGUGAUGCUAAUAAAUACGACUAAUCCCAAUUGAAACUGAAAUAAAACAUCAUAUAUAUUGACAAAUAUAAACGUAAAACGGUGUGUGAAUAUGAACCUAAACUCGCCACAAACCUGAGAGGGAAUACUGAACCCAGAGGACAUCAAAUAUAUUGUGUUUAAACAUAUUAACGACUUCGCUGACUGAGUAUGAUAAUGUGACGAGAUGGUUGUUCCAACAAAGAAGUACUGUUUUUAUAUGCGUUUCCGUCUAUUGGUAGCUGCCAUCAUAGUUUUGUUAGUGAUAUCGACUAUCACACAAAUGCGUCAACCGUUAUUGGAGAACACAGCAAAACAUACAAAUUGCGACUGUAAUGUAACCAUGACAACGAUGACUACACGCUUGGAUUUAGAAUCAGCUCAGAAAGGGACUUCUCAGCAAUCGUCCGUCAAAAAUAUGAUGGGAAUCUCCGGAAGGGACAAACUAAGUUCUUACCACGGAAUGAGCGAUCCUAUGGAAGACCUGACAAUAGUGACAGCAUAUUUUGAUUUAGGAUCUUUCCGGAAAGGACCUUCACAAACGUUUUCAACGAAAACGUACACCGAUUGGGUUAAAACAUUUAAAUAUUUGAAUAAUUCUUUAGUUGUUUAUACAGACUCUGUGGUGUUCCGAGAUUUUUUCCGUCGCCUACGUAAAGGAAUGGAAAACAGAACAAAAAUUGUUUUGAUGAAUAGGACGCAAUUCUGGACAUUUCAAAUACGUGAUAAAAUACAGAAGGUAUUUUCGCAGAAAGGAUACCCUAAACAUUAUCCUAACACAGUCCUCCCGGCGUAUUCAUGUGCUCAGCAUACAAAAUAUGCAGCAGUCGCCGAUACUAUCAGGAAAAAAUACUUCAGAUCAAAAUGUUAUGCAUGGCUGGACAUUGGGUAUUUCCGGGAUAUCGUUAACUCAAAAAGAUACUUCUCUCUGAACUUAUUAGAUGAUUUCGAUAAGAACAAGCUGUCUGUAAACCUUGUCUAUCCGUCGGUUUCAUUAAAUAUUAGUUAUAAAGCAAUAGUUUAUGGUAAUCACGUUUGGGUGGGAGGGGGUAUGUUCAUUGGAACAGCUGACGUCAUCACGGCGUUUGAGACGGAAUAUCAACGAGCUGUAACGUUCCUGCUGGACAAGCAACUGAUGAGUACGGACCAACAAGUCCUUCUGUCAAUGUAUAGUCUGCAAGGUCAGAAAGAUUUAAACGUGACAGUACAACUUCAGCUUUAUUCUCGAAAACAGAACGAGACUAACUUGAAGAAUGACAAUCCAUGGUUUUACCUAGGAUACAAGUGUUUGAAUUUUACCUCGACAUAAAUUAUUUUCUGACAUUUUUGAAAGACAACAAAGUACUUGAGACGAAUCUCAAGAAACCUACUGCGAUCGCCUUCCAUCCGUCGCGUGUAACCCUAUGUAGGUUAUUGAUUUUGUAGUUUAUCGUGCUUAAUGCUUAUACAUAUAUUUGAAUAUAUUGGACCAUAUGUAUUAUGCUAGCUAGGUUGCAUCAUAUAUCGUAUACAUUUAUAUUUAUUACAUAAUGCGUUUGAUUUCCCCUAACUUUACGCAUAAGCUCUAUUUCGAAUUAUUGCACGGCUAAAAUGACUAAUGUACGAUCACGUGCUAGCUAUUAAACACCUAUGAGUUAAGGCCUACCCUUUCAAGCUUCUAAGUCACUCAGAUGUCAACACUGUAAGACCUCGUGUCAAAUAUUCUGGACUGUUACAAAGAUACCCAUGAUGUAUUUGUAUAUGUUAUGAUAAUGUUUAGUGUAGUAAAGAUGCAACGAU